UGUGUUGCAUUGAACUGCUGCUGCUAAGUUAACAGAUAUCACGACACAUGCCGGUGGUAAUAAACCCGAUUCUGAUUUCAGAACUUGUAUUCGCUCCUGGAGAGCUGUGGCCGAGUAAAUACUUCAUGGCAGCCCUCAGCACGGGAUCUACAGGUGCAGAAAAGGAAAGCUGCCUUAACGUUUGAGCCCCAGGGGGGCCGCUGCAACCAGUCACUCCCCAGCAGAACAGCACCGCCGCCACUUCAGCGCGGAUGGGAACUGGGAGGCAGUCGCCCGGAAGUGAAGACGCGUGACACCGGAAAUUAAUGACUGUGGGGCGAUAAGGCGCUAGAGCUCCGCGAGGACAACGAAUAAACAACGACCGCCGCCGAGGGGGGAAAGGAAACUAGCGGGAGAGGGUUGUUAUAGUGGGCAGCUCCAAACCCAUCGAGCUCGGGCCCCGAAGGCGGCCGCGUUACGAGUCCGGGGGUGUUGGGGCCCGGCGCGCAGCGAUGCCUCGCCCCGGGUUAUGGGUGAAGAUGCGGAGCGAAGGGGACUAAGCGGAGGUCCUGAUCCCUAGGCGUGAGCGUAACAAUGCCGGGGAAGCUGAAAGUCAGGAUUGUGGCUGGCCGUCACCUGCCGGUUAUGGACAGGGCUAGUGACCUCACAGAUGCAUUUGUAGAGGUAAAGUUUGGCAAUACAACAUUUAAGACUGAUGUGUACCACAAAUCGCUUAAUCCCCAAUGGAAUUCAGAAUGGUUUAAAUUUGAGGUUGAUGAUGAAGACUUACAAGAUGAGCCACUACAGAUCACAGUUCUAGAUCAUGAUACCUACAGUGCUAAUGAUGCUAUUGGGAAAGUGUACAUUGAUAUCGAUCCUUUAUUAUCCAAUGAAGCGGCAGCCAUUCUUUCUGGUUGGUUUCCAAUCUAUGACACUAUUCAUGGUAUCAGAGGAGAAAUUAAUGUCAUGGUGAAGGUAGAUCUCUUCAAUGAUUUGAACCGCUUCAGACAAUCAUCGUGUGGAGUCAAGUUUUUUUGCACUACAUCCAUUCCCAAGUGCUACAAAGCAGUAACAAUCCAUGGAUUUGUUGAAGAAUUAGUAGUAAAUGAAGAUCCUGAGUACCAGUGGAUCGACAGGAUACGUACACCCAGGGCAUCGAAUGAAGCUAGGCAGAGGCUAAUCUCUCUAAUGUCAGGUGAACUGCAAAGGAAAAUUGGCCUCAAGGUUCUUGAGAUGGGAGGCAAUGCAGUUGUGGGCUAUCUACAGUGUUUUGACUUGGAAGGAGAAUCUGGGCUAGUGGUACGUGCUAUUGGGACUGCAUGUACACUGGAUAAACUGAGUAAUGCCGCUACAUCAAUUCCACCUCCAUGUGGUUCUCCAUCCAAAGACCUGAAAGAUAAAUGUCUGCAAGAAAAUGAAUCCCAAGACAGUAUAUGGGUUCCCUUCAGUGAAGAUCCCAACCCUGUUACUCAUUCAUCUGGACCCUCCACCCCACUGAAAAAUCAAACCUAUUCCUUUUCACCUUCCAAGUCCUACAGUCGACAGUCCUCUUCUUCUGACACAGAUUUGAGUUUGACACCUAAAACUGCAGCAACUUUGCCCAAGGGGCCUAGGAUUUUCCUCUAUCCCAGUUCCCCUCCUCUUUCUUCCGGUUCCCCCCAUCAUAAAAGUGCACAUCUCCUUCGUUCUGAGGCUCUGCAUAGUUUCACCCCUCCUCACUCUGGCUAUGCAAGUCCAGUCUGUCUGAGGAAAAGUGUGUCUUUCAAUGAAGAGUUGCUUCUAACUGCCUCUGGAAUGGGAAGUGGUAGUGGUGGAAAAGAUGGAGGUCCUUUGAAAACACUCUAUCGACAACAGACCCAGUCUGCCUUUGAACAUAGGGAAUUCCCUUUUUUCACUCUAACAACUUUCCCACCUGGAUUUCUUGUUCAUGUCGGUGGUGUAGUCAGUGCAAGAUCCGUGAAGCUACUGGACCGAAUCCACAAUCCAGAUGAGCCUGAAACGCGAGAUGCUUGGUGGGCCGAAAUACGACAAGAAAUCAAGUCACAUGGCAAAGCUCUUGGAUGCCAUGCAGUCGUUGGAUACAGUGAAUCAACAAGCAUCUGUGAAGAAGUCUGUAUCUUGUCUGCUUCAGGCACUGCGGCUGUGCUGAAUCCAAAGAUGCUUCAAGACUGCAGCAUGGAAGGCUGUAGUGAACACAGAUUGGAUGAUGCAUCAUCUGUGGGCUGCAGUUUCUGUCAUAUACCUUAUGAUGAAUUAAAUAUGCCAUUCCCUGCACACCUCACAUAUUGUUAUGUUUGUCGGAAGCAGAAGGUCCCAGACGUUCUUUUCACAACAAUUGAACCUCCACUAGAAGCGCCAAUAACUGGAAAAGGCUGCUUGAUUCAAGCUAGACUGUGUCGUCAGAAGAAGAAAACUCAGGGUGAGGCCAAUGCCACCGCCAUAAGCAAUCUCCUGCCAUUUAUGGAGUAUGAACUUCAUACCCAGCUGAUGAACAAACUUAAAUUAAGAGGAAUGAAUGCACUCUUUGGGUUAAGGGUUCAGAUUGCAGUUGGUGAAAACAUGUUGAUGGGCCUUGCUUCUGCUACUGGUUUAUACGUGACAGCACUGCCCUCUCCAGGAGGUAUACAAGUUGCAGGGAAGACACCAAGUGAUCUUUCUUAUGAUCAACAUAUUUCAAAUAUACAGAAAAAGAUAAAUGAUAUGAUCAUAAAAAACAGAGAAAUCCACGAGAUAAAUCCUCCUGAGAUACUAGAAGAGUUGCUUGGAUCCCCGAUCCCAGAAACAAGGCAGCGUUCCAGACUCUUCAGGUCCCAUUCAGAAAGUUCAGACGAUGUUUCCGAACUGGAUCUUUCACAUGGGAAAAAGGAUGCCUUUGUGUUAGAGAUCGAUGAUGCAGAUGCUGUUGAAGAUAUUCAGUCAUUGUUGACUGAUGCUCCCACACCACCUGGUUUUUAUAGCUGUAAUACAGAGGUUAUGCCAGGUAUCAACAACUGGACAUCUGAUUUACAGAUGUUCACUUCUGUGCGAGUGUUCCGGCUGAACAACGUUACCAGCCUUACAUCACAGGGACUUAAUAAAGCCUUUAGUGAUCUCUGUGAAAAUUUACUGAAGACUCUGUAUUUUAAACUGCGGUCCAUGGUACCUUGCUGUUUGUGUCAUGUGAAUUUCAAUGUUGCGUUACCAGAAGAUGAAUUAAUCCAGGUUGCAGUUACAGCUGUUGCAAUAACAUAUGAUAAGGACCAAGCUCAAUGCACCAAGGUUUGCAACGACAAGACUCUCUUAAGAGCGUCUGCUGAGAAUGAAGAACAACUCCAGUUUACUUUGGAACUCUGUAUGGAAUCACAGUCCAGUCAAUCAGUUGUACCCUCCUCUCCCAGUAAGGCUGCGGGCAUUUCGGAAAGUGGCAAUUUGCAGGCUGUCUCUCCAGCAGUACAAAGGGCCACCUCAGUUGAUUACAGUUCCUUUGCAGACAGAUGCAGCAGCUGGAUAGAGUUCAUUAAGCAGAAAGCUCAGACCAUAAGACGUGGAUCAAUUAAAACAAUUGCUUCACUUGACAAAGCGAGCCCACUGGCUGAAGCCCACACACGUCAUCGCUCACCGAUCUCAUGCACAACCUCCACAGUCACUGUUGUGGAAAUGACCCCUCUCUCUUACAUUCCUGGUGCAAAAAUAACCAAAUAUCUUGGAAUCAUCAACAUGUUCUUCAUUCGUGAAACCACAUCACUGCGGGAGGAAGGAGGAGUUAGUGGGUUCCUUCAUGCUUUUAUUGCUGAAGUAUUUGCUAUGGUGAGAGCCCAUGUUGCUGCUCUUGGUGGAAAUGCAGUCGUGUCUUACAUCGUGAAACAGUGUGUGUUUAUGGAAAAUCCCAACAAAAAUCAGGCACAGUGCCUUAUCAAUGUAAGUGGUGAUGCCGUGAACUUCGUUAAAGAUUCUGAUGCGGAAUAUGCGUCUUCUCAGACACAAGGAUGUGGUUUACAGACAGGCAAUGGUAGCGGAGAUGUCACAUGAAACUGGUACAGACUAAUCACUGCUCUAAAUUCAUGCGCUUCAGGGGCUUUUUAUCUGCACCUCAGUCAGAUUGACCAUGAUCCUGAAAAGGAUAGUUACAUAACCAUGAAGUUACCGAUUGCAUCUUCCAAAUGGUCUGAAUGAUUUCACAUCUAGUCUUGUGAUAUAUAUUCUGCUAGGAAGGGCUGUAAUUUUCCUUGGCCCUUUAUGAUCUGAAGCUUUAACUGAAAGAUUAACAUGUUCUCUAAAAUUGUAAAGUUUAGAAGACAUUCCAUAGGAACUGGAAUAAAUUAAAGCAAUUCUUUUUCUGUCACGAACUUGUCUUCAUAAAUCUGUGAUUUAAAGUCUGAAUGUCAAGACCAAACUGAAAAGUGCAUGAAAUUGAAAAUGGUACUAGAGUGUACUUUAAACCAAUGUCUACCUGUAAAACUGGAUGUUCAUUUACCACCAUUGUUAUUUGUAGUUUAAAAGGCAGCUCUCACUGGAAACUAGUGGAAAAAAGUGCCACAAACAAAAUGCUAUUAUCAACAUGAAGAGUUCUAUGUCAGUAUGGCUUUUAUCUCUAUUGUGUAAAAAGAGACAAGACUUGUCUCUAAAAGUUAUAUGUUUCUCAUUUUGACGUAGAUUGUGUAACUGAGAAAAUGUAAGAUUUUAGAAUAUGUAAACUCAUUUGUGAUUACAACAAAUGGGACUGUAUAAAUCUGCAUAAAAUGUAUUUUUAUAAAUUCUCAAGUUAGAACUGCAAGAAAAAUAUUUAAAAUAUUCCUAACUUGUAACCUGUAAAAUUUCAAAUCCAGAGUACAUAGUGGGUAAUUCAAUUUUUUAUUUUGAAUUUAAUCUGUAAUUGAAGACUUGAAUGUACAGAACUCUUCUGUUGUAUGGGUUUCAACAAUUCACUUGCUUUGCACACCUGAAAUGCUUGUAAAACAAAAUUCACCAUUUAAAAAAAAUAUUUUGCAGAUUGUAAACUAAAACAAGGAAGAGUAUGUAAGAAAUAGUACUCUUAACUCCUCUGGGAAAUGCUUCAUGAAUAUUUAUGAAGUGUUCCAGUCAAUGCUAGUGGCCAUAUAUGUUUCUAAACCUUAUUGGUACAGUGUUUGCACUUUGUUAUAUAUAAGUGUAAGAUGUGUUUAACUUUUACUGCUCUACUGAAUAAUACUAAACCUGAAUAGAGUUAUUUCUUACAUUAUGUUAAAUCAUCAACAUAUACCAAAAUAUAUUUGGCAUUUGGAUAAUUAUGCAAGCAAGUAAUUGUGGGAUUCAGCUUUUCAAAUAAAUUUCUGUAUCAUAACCACUUGUUUACAGCUGUU